AUGGAGGAGGACUUGACAUUGCAUUUUGAAAAAGGUCGGUAUUUGAAUGUUGACUCAUGCAGACCUUACACGUUGCAGGUUCAUCCUGGAGGAAUAGUUCUGACCGGUGGCGUAGUGGACUUGCAGGAACAUACUUGCACUUGCGACUUGUUCCAGUGCAUGAAGUUUCCUUGUCCUCAUGCAUGUGCUGCAUCUCAGGAGCGAAGUAUUAGCGCGUACACACUAUGCUCGCCAUAUUACACGACAGAAUAUUGGAGGAGGACAUAUGAAGGAACAAUUAUGCCAGUUGGUGACGAGGAUGAUUGGGAAUGA